GAUGAAUGAAAAAAUUAGUAAUGGAGCGUGGAAGGUGAUUGGGAAGAUUGGGUGUCUUGGGUUUCAUAAUUAGUGGAGUUUGGUGGACUUCACCAAAUUCUUUCACUACAAUCUGUUUGUUUGUAAAUAAAAUAAUAUUAAUAGAGAAUAGAAUAGAAACUCUAACCCUUACUGUUGCUAUGUGUUUUGAUUCCCUUGCAGUUGAUUGCGUUGAGUUGCAGUUGCAGGUGUAUUGUUAACUCUGAAUUUCACUGAGUGAUUGAUCAUUGAUUGGAAUUUGGGGAUAAACAUUAGAUGGGUUGCUUUUCCUGUUUCGAUUCGAGUUCAAGUUCGAGGGAGAAUCACAACCUCCGUUCUCACCACCACCCACAACCCAAUUCCAAUUCCAAUUCCAAUCCCAAUCCCAAUAUCAAUCUGUCUCUCCCUUCUCAGAUUUCCAAGUUGCCAUCUGGAGCAGACAAGUUACGGUCCAGAAGUAAUGGAGGUUCCAAAAGGGAAUUGCCUUCUUCCAACACCAAGGAAGGACACGGACCCGCCGUCCAAAUCGCUGCUCAAACUUUUACUUUCCGUGAACUUGCUGCUGCAACCAAAAACUUUAGGCCAGAAUCCUUUGUAGGGGAAGGUGGUUUUGGAAGGGUCUACAAAGGCAGGCUUGAAACCACUGGUCAGAUUGUUGCAGUCAAACAGUUAGACAAAAAUGGUCUACAGGGUAAUCGGGAAUUCCUUGUAGAGGUUCUCAUGCUCAGUCUUCUGCAUCACCCUAACCUUGUGAAUCUCAUUGGAUACUGUGCGGAUGGGGAACAACGCCUCCUUGUUUAUGAAUUUUUGCCUUUGGGAUCAUUGGAAGAUCACCUUCAUGAUGUUCCCCCUGAUAAGGAACCACUAGAUUGGAACACCAGAAUGAAAAUAGCUGCUGGUGCUGCAAAAGGAUUAGAAUACCUGCAUGACAAGGCAAAUCCUCCUGUCAUUUAUAGAGACUUCAAGUCGUCUAACAUAUUACUUGACGAAGCAUACCACCCUAAGCUUUCUGACUUUGGUCUUGCGAAGCUUGGUCCUGUUGGUGACAAAUCACACGUUUCUACCCGAGUCAUGGGAACUUAUGGUUACUGUGCUCCUGAGUAUGCUAUGACUGGACAGCUGACAGUGAAGUCUGAUGUAUAUAGCUUUGGGGUUGUCUUCUUAGAGCUUAUUACUGGCCGCAAAGCAAUCGACAGCACCCAGCCCCAUGGAGAACAGAAUCUUGUCACAUGGGCACGUCCACUUUUUAACGACCGCAGGAAGUUUUCAAAGUUAGCUGAUCCUAGGCUGCAGGGACGGUUUCCCAUGCGUGGUCUUUACCAGGCUCUAGCUGUUGCGUCAAUGUGCAUUCAAGAAUCAGCUGCCACACGCCCUCUGAUUGGAGAUGUGGUGACAGCCCUCUCUUAUCUGGCCAACCAGGGAUAUGACCCCAACAAUGCUGGCCAUGGUUAUAGAGGGUCUAGCGAUGACAAAAGGAACAGAGAUGAUAAAGGUGGAAGAAUACUUAAAAAUGAUGAAGCUGGGGGAUCUGGACGCAGAUGGGACUUGGAAGGAUCCGAGAAAGAUGACUCCCCACGAGAAACUGCUAGAAUGUUAAAUAGAGAUCUAGAUAGAGAACGUGCUGUGGCUGAAGCCAAGAUGUGGGGAGAGAACUUGAGACAAAAAAGACAACAAAGUUUGCAGGAGGGCAGUUAUGGUUCUACCUAAGCCAUAGUUUCCUAGCUCAGUCUUUUACAACUUGGGUUGCUUAAUUUUAUACUUUGAGGCUAUGGGGAACAUACCUGGGUAACUCGACCUGCCAAUUUCGGCCAAAAGAUUAGGUUCUAAUUUAUUCAGAAUCUGCCUAGUAGCCAAUACUUGCAAUAGCUGCAAUAUGUAUGAACCUCAUUACAAAAUCUUUUCUAACAUAACCUUUUGGCACUCUGUUUCCCCUAA